GGAAGGGUGUGGCUUAUGCUCAAGGUGGGGGCAGGGUCUGACCCAAUUGGUUCCAUUGCAGUGAGAUCAGCUGGCAGCGACAGGGAUGUACUGUGUGUCACUGAAGAGGACCUGGCUGGUGAAGACGAGGACAUGCCAUCCUUCCCAUGUACCCAAGAGGGCCGGCCAGGACCCCGCUGCAGCCGCUGCCAGAAGAACCUGUCCUUGCACACAUCAGUGCGGAUUCUGUACCUCUUCCUGGCUCUGCUCCUGGUGGCCGUGGCCGUGCUGGCAUCCCUGGUUUUUAGAAAGAUGGACGCUCUCUCAAAAGACAUCUCCUUCACCCAGUCCAACUAUAAUAAGAAGCUUGUGACGAUGCAAGAAAAUCUCCAAGGACUGGAUCCAAAAGCCUUGAACAACUGCUCCUUUUGCCGUGAGGCUGGGCAGCUGGGGCAAGAGAUCAGGAAGCUCCAGGAAGAGCUGGAGGGCCUUCAGAAGAUGCUGCUGGCCCAGGAAGUCCAGCUGGACCAGACCUCCCAGGCCCACGAGCUGCUCUCCACCAGCAGCAGUCAAAUCUCCCAGGAGACGGGCAGUUGUUCCUUCUCCAUCCACCAGGUCAAUCAGUCCCUGGGACUCUUCCUGGCACAGGUGAGGGGCUGGCAGGCCACCACAGCAGGCAUGGACAUCACUCUGAAGGACCUCACCCAGGAGUGCUAUGAUGUCAAGGCCGCUGUGCACCAGGUCAACUUCACGGUGGGCCAGACCGCUGAGUGGAUCCAUGGGAUCCAGAGAAAAACAGAUGAGGAGACCCUGACCCUACAGAAGAUAGUCACUGACUGGCAGAACUACACCAAGCUCUUUGGGGGUCUGCGAAGCACCUCUGCCAAGACUGGAGAAAUGGUCAAGACCAUUCAGGCCGCCCUGGGGGCCUCCUCACAGCGCAUUAGCCAGAAUUCUGAGAGCAUGCAUGACCUGGUGCUGCAGGUCAUGGGCCUGCAGCUCCAGCUGGACAAUAUCUCCUCCUUUUUGGAUGACCACGAGGAGAACAUGCAUGACCUCCAAUACCAUACCCGAUAUGCCCAGAAUCGCACAGUGGAGAGGUUUGAGUCUCUGGAAGGACGCAUGGCUUCUCACGAGAUUGAAAUCGGUACCAUCUUCACCAACAUCAAUGCCACCGACAACCACGUGCACAGCAUGCUCAAGUACCUGGAUGACGUGCGGCUGUCCUGCACACUGGGCUUCCACACCCACGCUGAGGAACUCUACUACCUGAACAAGUCCGUCUCCCUCAUGCUGGGCACCACAGACCUGCUCCGGGAGCGCUUCAGUCUGCUCAGCGCUCGGCUGGACUUCAACAUCCGAAACCUCUCCAUGAUCAUGGAGGAGAUGAAGGCUGUGGACACCCACCACGGAGCAAUCCUUCGAAAUGUCACCAUCAUCCGAGGUGUCCCCGGCCCACCAGGACCAAGAGGACUCAAAGGAGAUGCAGGCGUGAAAGGACCUGUUGGUAGCAGAGGGUCUAAAGGGGACCCUGGCAGCCUGGGACCCUCAGGACCUCAAGGUCCUCAGGGGCAGCCUGGGGAGCAAGGACCUUUGGGAGAAAGAGGGCCAGCUGGUCCCCGAGGCUUUCCAGGCCUCAAAGGCUCAAAGGGUAGCUUUGGCACUGGAGGGCCAAGGGGGCAGUCAGGCCCCAAAGGGGAUGUGGGGCCCCCAGGGCCAGUGGGGCCCCCAGGAUCUCCAGGACCAUCAGGGCCUCAGGGAAAGCCAGGGAUUUCAGGAAAGACAGGGUCUCCCGGCCAGCGGGGCGCCACAGGGCCUAAGGGUGAGCCGGGUAUCCAGGGUCCCCCUGGACUACCUGGGCCUCCAGGUCCACCAGGCAACCAAAGCCCCUACUGAAAAAGGCUUUUAUUCUGAUGCUGCCAUGCAGCUUGGGGAGGUAGGUUGGAGAAAGCAGCCAGAAGGGCCUACUACCUACAGACAAUCAUUUUUCUUUUAUUCUGAUAUGAGGGUGCCUUUUAGAGCUGACUGUAUAGCCUUAAGCUCCCCAAUAAUGACUGUACCAUAGGAAAACAGCUCCCCCCCCUCCACUUUCCUCUACUGACCAGGGGGAGCCUCCUGGGUUUCCAUGGCUGGAUAGGAAGAAAGGGAAGAAGACCUCCUUUGUCCUGUGACACCCUGCUGGGAAGGUGGUUCCCUAGGGAAGAAUGUCAUGUCAUAGAGCUCUUGGAUGGUAACUCGCUCUGGUCUCUGCAAUGUCUUAACACCCGUGGGAG